AUGAAGUCAGCGGAGAUCGAUUAUAAGGGCACAAAACAAGCUGCACUGGUAAUGCAAGCCGAGUACAAAGGAGAUGUUAAGCAUGAAUUAGAUGACGAACAAUCAAAAGCUAUAUCGCACAUAGCAUUCGACCCGAGCCAGAACUCUAUAGCGUACAUAGGAACGCAAGUAGAACAACUCGAAGGGGCAUCUCAGAUGACAAUCCCAGGAAAUGUUGAGGACGCAGAAGCUGCGCAGGGAACACCUGACAAGGCUUUAUUAGCUGAAAGAGUCAGUAAAUCUGCUGAAACAACGACAACGAAAACAUCUUCACCUGAAGCAUUAAAGAGUCGUUCAAAAGAAGAGUUCAAGGGUACUCCAUCCAAAAUUAAAGGAAUCGGUCGAUGA